UUUUCAGUCUAUUUCUAUGACUGAAAAUCAUACAAAACAUUCAUUGAAAUCGGAUACAACAUUGGUGAUAUCAGCAAAUGUUUUUUUUGUGUAUGUGUUGCAUUGUUGGUUGACUAUUGGGAUUUGUCUGUAAGAAGUGGUACGUUUCUAUUGUUGUUUCAUUGUUUUCAAAUUUUCUAUUCGUGAUUUCAUUGUAUUGCAGUUGUUCUUCAUAAUGCCACCAACGAGAAGAUCUCAUUUAGGCCGACGUUCAGCUGGUGCACGAGCAGUGUCGACUCAUCGUGCGAAUAUGAGUCAAGAAGAUAGAAACAUUGCGCAACAACGAAGAAAUGCAAACCACGUCCAAAUUCGUGCGCAACAAACAGAAGAACAACAGCAGGCUGUAAUCGAUUCGCGUAGAUUGGCACAACAAAGUCGUCGAGUAAAUCAAUGUGAAAAUUUUUUGGUGCAAAGUCGACGAAUAAAUACUGAAAAUAGACAGCAAAGAAGAAGUGCUGGCAAUGCCAAUUUGCUUCGAGUAGCAUUCCGAUAUGAUUGUGCAUUCAAUUAUCGAUCUCUUCCUGUCGUUCAAAUUGGAUCAAUGGUUGUAGUAUGUCCACAUUGCAACGCAUUGAAAUUUCCAGGAGAAACACCUGGAUUGUGUUGCCUUAGUGGAAAAGUUAAAUUGCCAACAUUGCCAUCGCCACAGGAACCAUUGCGAUCGUAUCUAGAAGGCGUAACAGCAGAAUCAAAGCAAUUUCUUGCAAAUGUUCAAAACUAUAAUGGGUGCUUUCAAAUGACUUCUUUCGCUGCAUCAAUUAUCAAUGAAAGCGGAUAUAAUCCGUCGUUCAAGGUAAUUCCUGCUCGAAAGAGUACUCUUCCGUUUCCUUUGAAUGAUCGCAUUUUAUUAAUUUUGAAUUCGUCUCUUGGUAACCAGAUUCAAGGGCAGGUGCAUCAUCGUGCUGGGUCGUUAUUGCCGCUUCCUAAUGGCGAAUAUAAUUUCUUGCAAAUCUAUUUCAUUGGGAACGAGAGCGAUCAAAUAAACCGUCGUAGUGCAUUGUACAAUAGAACGAAAGAAGACAUCAUCAGAGAAUUGCAACGAAUGCUUCAUGACCAUAAUGAAUUGAUUGGAUUAUUUAAGAAUGCGUUAGACAGAAUGCUAACAGAUGAUCAUCAAAUCGUGAUUAAAGCGGAUAAAAGGCCUAACUUAGCGCACGAACGUCAAUACAAUGCACCGACAAUUGAUGAGGUUGCCAUUAUUGUAGUCGGUGAGCAAGUGGUAUCACGGGAUAUUGUACUGACGCGCCGAAACAAUGGACAAUUACAACGUAUUAGUGAGACACAUCGGUCGUAUGAUGCACUUCAGUAUCCGCUCAUGUUUUGGACAGGUGAUGACGGCUACCACUUUAACAUCAAAAUGUUAAAUCCAGUUACUGGUGAAGAAACAACGAAGAAAGUAAGUUCGAUGAACUACUAUGCAUACCGUUUAAUGAUUCGUCAAAAUGAGGAUAACUAUCUGUUGCGAUUUCGGCGAUUGCUUCAACAAUUCUGCGUGGAUAUGUAUGUCAAAAUCGAGACUGAACGGCUCAGUUACAUUCGUUUAAAUCAAGCGAAAUUGCGUUCAGAAGAGUACAUUCAUUUGCGGGAUGCAAUAAGAACUGAAGGUGAUGCGAGGAAUCUCGGUCGACUAACAAUCUUACCGGCAACGUAUGUUGGCAGUCCACGCCACAUGCACGAGUAUGCUCAAGAUGCGAUGGCGUUUGUUCGACAGUACGGUCGUCCUGAUUUAUUUGUCACCUUCACUUGCAACUCAAGAUGGAUUGAUAUUCAGUGCAAUUUAAUUCCCGGCCAAACAUCGAGUGAUCGACAUGAUAUCACUGCACGUGUGUUCAGACAGAAGCUGAAGGUUCUAAUGGGUUUCAUUACUAAACAACGUGUAUUUGGUGAUGUUCGAUGCUGGAUGUAUUCUGUUGAAUGGCAGAAGAGAGGUCUGCCGCACGCGCAUAUUCUACUUUGGUUCGUUGAAAAGAUUCGACCAGACGAAAUCGAUGCUGUCAUUUGCGCAGAGAUACCGGAUCCAGAAAUUGAUCAAGAAUUGUAUGAUAUAGUCAUCAAGAAUAUGAUUCACGGACCGUGUGGCAACAAUAACAUGGAUUCACCGUGCAUGGCUAACGGCAAGUGUUCUAAACGCUACCCACGUCCUCUCACUGCGGAAACUAUUACCGGCGACGACGGAUAUCCACUUUAUCGACGUCGUUCACCUGAUGAUAAUGGCAGAACAGUUACAUUGAAAGUGAAACAAAAUGAUGUUGUGGUUGAUAACAGUUGGAUUGUUCCAUAUUCACCACUACUUUGCAAAACAUUUGAUGCGCAUAUCAAUGUGGAGGACUGUAAUUCGAUUAAAGCAAUCAAAUACGUUUGCAAGUAUAUUACAAAAGGUAGUGAUAUGGCUGCGUUUGGUGUUCCGGAUCCAAAUGCCGAUGAUGAAGUAACGCGGUAUCAAAUUGGAAGAUAUGUUAGUUGCAAUGAGGCUCUUUGGCGAAUUUUUUCAUUUCCAAUUCACGACCGUCAUCCAACUGUAGUUCAUUUGGCGGUGCAUCUGGAGAAUGGUCAACGUGUUUAUUUCACUGAACACACUGCCAUUCAACGUGCUGAAAGACCACCAGCUACAACAUUGACCAGUUUCUUUUCAACAUGUGAGAGUGAUCCAUUCGCACGAACAUUGCUCUACUCUCAGAUGCCGCGUUAUUACACUUGGAAUGCUUCAUCGAAAAAGUUUCAACGGCGAAAGCAAGGCGAGCGAGUUCCGGAUAAUCCAGAUGUAUUCUCAACAGAUGCCAUCGGUCGAAUAGCUGCUACGUUGUUGGAAGGAGGCCGGACAGCACAUUCAGCGCUGAAAUUGCCGUUGAAUCUCCAAGUGGUUGAAGAACCCACAUGCAACAUUAGUAGAAAUUCCGCUAUGGGAAAAGUGUUGCAAUGUUGUAAAAUCAUCAUUUGGGAUGAAUGCACAAUGGUGCAUAAACGUGCAUUGGAAGCAGUUAAUCGGACCAUGAAGGAUUUACGCAAUAAUUCAAGACGUUUUGGAGGCGCUAUGAUUCUAUUGUCUGGUGAUUUCCGUCAAACGUUACCUGUCAUUCCAAAAUCAACUGCUGCUGAUGCAGUUAACGCUUCCUUGAAGUCAUCGUCUUUGUGGCGCUUUGUGAAGAAACUUAAAUUGAAUACGAAUAUGCGAGUUUCAUUACAAAACGAUCCUACAGCUGAUGUGUUCUCCAAACAACUGAUAGCCAUCGGAGGCCAAGAGUAUUUGGAAUUCCUGAGGACACAAUUGCCUACUCUAUUAGAAGACGUACCGCUGAUUGUGCGAAGAGACAUGUGGUACAUGCAAGACGGUGCACCAGCACAUUACGCCAUAUCAGUACGCCAAUAUUUAAAUGAAUACUUCGGCAAUAGAUGGAUUGGACGAGGAGGACCGAACGCUUGGCCUGCUCGGUCUCCAGAUUUUAAUCCCCUUGACUUCUUCUACUGGGGACACAUGAAGAAUUUGGUCUAUUCAACGCCCGUGGCCACGAGGGACGAAUUAGAACAACGAAUCCAGUUUACAUCGGGGAUAGUGCAGAAUAUGAUGGGUGACUUCCGACAAGUACGCGAAAACUUUCGCAGACGAAUGCAACUGUGCCUUCAGGAAAAUGGUGGUCACGUUGAACAUCUCCUGUAA